AUGGUCUUUGUUAGCGGACGAGGCCUUACAUUGGAUGGCGAGGACCUCCAAGGGGCUGCUAAUCAGUUUUUGAUGGAUGUUGACUUCCACGUGAAUGGAAUUGUUGCGUGGAUCGAGAAAGGCCUCAGCUGCGACUUCGCAAGCACGGGGCUCGUCGCCUUUCAGGGCGAUUUGAGAGAGCGGUUUCAAGUCUUCGAUUAUGUCUGGGCUGCGUUCGAAGAACGUGUGUGCCACGAGAUUGGAAAAGUCAUGAAAGAAAUCUUCAAGCCGAUUGACCUCAUCGUGGAUCUUGAGGGAAAAUUGUCCGUUCUCGAGGAUGCCCAAGAGUAUGAGGCGAAACGCGAUACCGAGCAACAACUUGUUGCUGCGAUCACCGAGCUGCUUCGGAUUCUGUCCAUCAAUGAGGAUGGCUUCAAGAUCCCCAAGUACGACUCGUUAUCCGCGAGAUUCCAGUGGCGUGUGCCUAACAUAGGGAUGAGUGACUGCUUCUAUUUUCAACUGGUUCCCACUUUGUUCUGCCCUCCGUUCUCUAGAGCGCCCGCGAUUGUGCCUCCCAAUACUCGUCGGGUUGUGGUGCCUCUGUCACGCGAUGCCCACGUCAAGUGCAAACGAGGCGGCUGCAUGUCAAGAGCCUGGGUUGACCGCAUCGGGUUCGUCCGUUUCUGGGCUGCCGCACCCGCCUUAGAUAUCGUGGCUCUAUGGCGGCGCCACUGUGGUAAAGAUAUUUCAGCAGAGUGUGCUGCAAAAGACGAGACAACAGACCCAACAAAUGACAGUGGCGGUACUACCGACCCCUCGGGACAAGUCGAAGAGAAUGAGAAGGACCUCAGCAUUCUUUUGCUCGGCAUCGGCGACGUACAGCACAUUCUCUUCACUGCAGCUCGUCUGUGGAAGGAGAAAAACAGAGCUUACCGGGUUCAUUUUUUUGUACACGAAGAGGCACCUGAAGUGCUGGCCAGACAUCUCCUGUUGUUAGACAUCGUCAAUGACACGUCGAUGUCUCUGAGAGAGGGCACAAGAAUUUCUCAAAGAAAACUCUCAAUCCUGCCGCCUGUCUGGUGCAGCUUUGUUUGUGAGGAGCGUCCGCACCCGCUAGACGCCCUGGCGGAUCUUUCGCAUUUGAAGCAUCGUCAGCGAGACGAAAUACAAGAAGUCUUGGCGGCCUGGCAUCCGGCUGUGCAGUUCGAUUUGGAAGCUCUACGGGACCAGAGACUCAGACAUUGUUAUGGGCAGAGAUUCGACUAUAAAGUAAACUUAAUGGACUGGAAUUACCAAAUGAACCUUUGUCCCAUGACGAAGCGAGGACAAAGCGUCAAAGUUCGGGGCUUCUGGGGCGACAUCGUCAAUGGUCCCUUCUACGCAUACGGCGCAGAGACAAGGCAAUGUUACAGAGACCGUCUCUACCGCAAGAUCGGAGACAGCCAGCGCUACAACUCCCACGACAUCAUGACGUUCAACAUCACGUCGAUUCUCUACAAUCUCCAAGAACAGCGCUUCGACUGUGUCAUCGUAGCUAACGUAGCGACGGUGCCGCUCUUCAAGCACGGCGGGGUGCUGGCGGACGCAAGUCCCUCGCGAAAAUAUCGGCAGACGCCCGGCGCGGCCGGCACCGCUGAUGCGACCAAGCAGCCAGUGGAAGACGACACAGUCAGCAAGGAACGUCCGGCUACUUCCCCUGUUAGCGGGAGAUCGCCUUUGGAGCCUUCGUUUCUCGACAACUGCCUCAAGGCAGAUGCGCUGGUGUGUUUCGAAACCUUCAAAUACGCUGCAAAUCUUAACAGCGUCGCCAAACUGAGGUUCCGCAAAGUGGCGCUUGAGGCGGCGAGGAAAUACAACUGGAAACUCUGCAAUCCGUCUAGCGGUGAGAACCGAAGUCCCGAGUCUCGCACAGAGAAAGACAAGAAAAUCGGAGGCAACUUGUGCGGCGAGAGAAAGCCUCCCGGUCCACGUCUACACGAAUUUGACUAA